CUUGUCAGCAGGGAUUACGUGAAGACUCACUUUCAUCAGGUUUCCAGCUUUUCCACUGAAAUGAAAUGAAGAAAUGAUCACUUUUUACAUGCUUCUAGCUUUUUGAACCUCGGUUUCAUCUUGUGACAGAAUCUGUUAUACCAAGAAGUAAGGCUUCUGUAUCUCAGCAGGAGAAGGCUAAGGCAGCUUAAAAUAAUGCAGGAGAAGAAAAGCUUAUUCCAUGGCAGAGCUUCUUUCAUUCUCUUUCUGUGCCAAGUAAUUACAGCACUGGAAGUACCACUUGACCCCAAACUCCUAGAGCAGUUACCACAGCCUCCAACUAUUACCCAUCAGUCACCAAAAAAUUAUAUCGUGGAUCCAAGGGAGAAUAUUGUGAUUCAGUGUGAAGCAAAAGGGAAACCUCCCCCCACCUUUUCUUGGACACGCAAUGGAACUCAUUUUGACAUAGAUAAAGACCCGCUGGUAACAAUGAAACCAAAUUCAGGGACCCUGGAGAUCAAUAUCAUGAAUGGUGGAAGGGCAGAGGCAUAUGAAGGGGAGUAUCAAUGCACAACUAGCAAUGAUCGUGGAACUGCCGUAUCCAACAACAUUGUCAUCCGCCAGUCCAGAUCUCCCCUCUGGACAAAGGAAAAGAUUGAACCAAUAGUAAUACAGCAUGGUUUACCAUUGGUUCUACCAUGCAGACCUCCGAAAGGAUUACCUCCUCCUAUUGUAUUCUGGAUGGAUAACUCCUUCCAGCGGCUGCCUCAGAAUGAAAGAGUCUCUCAAGGUUUAAAUGGAGAUCUUUUUUUUUCCAACGUUCAGCCAGAGGAUAGCCGUGAUUUCUACAUUUGCUAUGCAAGAUUCAAUCUUACUCAGACAAUACAUCAGAAGCAGCCGAUCUCUUUAAAAGUUUUAUCAAUGGAUUCAAUGAAUGAAACUAUUGCAGCUAAUUUAAGUGACACUGAGUUGUAUGGUGAUAGUCCAGCCGGUGAAAGACGCCCAAGCCUUUUGGUUCCUAAAGGGGCCACAAGUAAUAAAACUGUGCUCAGGGGAGAUGUGCUUUUGCUGGAAUGUAUAGCAGAAGGACUGCCCACACCAGACAUCCGCUGGAGUAAAGAAGGGGCUGAGCUGCCUAGUGACAGAGUUUUCUAUGAAAACUAUAAUAAGACGCUAAAGAUAAUUGAUGUAUCGGAAGCCGAUUCUGGAAAAUACAAAUGCACGGCCAAAAAUAUCUUGGGGUCAACUCACCACAUCAUAACAGUCAUUGUGAAAGCCGCACCUUAUUGGAUAACUGCACCCCGAAACCUGGUGCUGUCUCCAGGAGAGGAUGGAACCCUGAUCUGCAGAGCUAACGGAAACCCUACUCCAACAACCACAUGGCUUAUCAAUGGAGUGCCCAUUGAAUCGGCUCCUCCAGACCCAAGCAGAAGAGUCGAUGGUGACACAGUGAUAUUUACUAAGGUGCCAGAAAGAGCCAGUGCUGUUUUUCAGUGCAACUCCUCUAACCAGUAUGGCUACCUGCUCGCAAAUGCCUUUGUCAAUGUACUCGCGGAGCCCCCCCGAAUUCUGUCUUCGAAGAAAGUUUAUAAAGUUAUAGCCAAUAGAGCAGCUUUGUUACACUGCCCCUUUUUUGGCUCACCAAUUCCUCAAAUUGAAUGGUUUAAGGGCACGCAGGCAAGUAUUUUGCGUGGGAACGGAUAUGUGUUUCAUGAUAACGGGACAUUAGAAGUGCCCGUGGCACAAAAAGAUAGCAGCGGAACAUACACAUGCGUAGCAAGAAAUAAAUUGGGGACAGAUCAGAGGACAAUUGAGCUUGAAGUCAAAGAUCCAACUAUGAUUAUGACACCACCAGAAUACAAGGUGGUUCAGAGACACGGUAAUGCAUCUUUUGAGUGCAAAGUGAAGCAUGAUCCAACGUUAGUUCCAGUGAUAUCAUGGCUAAAGGACAGUGGUGAUCUGCCUGUUGAUGAAAGAGUCACCAUUCACAAAGAACGACUGACUAUAAGGAAUGUAACAGAUAAGGACGAAGGAACGUACACUUGUGUAGCCAACACCACCUUGGACAGCGUCUCAGCCAGUGCGGUUCUCACUGUUGUUGCAGCUCCCCCUACUCCAACUGUAUACAACGAUCGCCCAAACCCACCUUUUGAUUUGGAAUUGACUGAUCGCCUCGAUAGAAGUGUGCAGCUAUCUUGGGUGCCCGGAGACGACAACAACAGCCCUAUUACAAAUUUUAUUGUUGAAUAUGAAGAUGCAAUGCAUGAACCAGGAGUAUGGCACUUACAGACCACAGUCGGCGGUACUCAGACGACAUCCACAUUGGACCUGUCUCCGUAUGUCGGCUAUUCCUUCCGUGUCAUUGCAGUGAAUGAGAUUGGCAGAAGCAGCCCAAGUGAAUCCUCUGAGCAAUAUAUGACAAAAGCAGCAGAGCCAGAUAAAAACCCAUCUGGUGUAAAGGGGAUAGGAACCGAACCAGACAACUUGGUGAUCACCUGGGAAACGUUGAAAGGAUUCUUUUGCAAUGGACCUGGACUUCAGUACAAAGUCAGCUGGCGACAGAAAGACAUUGAUGAUGAGUGGACCUCCGUAACAGUUGCAAACGUUUCUAAGUAUAUCGUUUCUGGAACGCCCACAUUUGUGCCUUACGAAAUAAAGGUCCAAGCAUUGAAUGAUCUUGGAUAUGCCCCUGAGCCGAAGGUAGUCAUUGGACAUUCAGGAGAAGACUUACCUAUGGUUGCCCCAAACAGUGUUGAAGUAGAAGUUAUUAAUACCACUUUGGCAAAGGUUCAGUGGGAUCCAGUGCCCUUGACGACAGUACGAGGUCAUCUUCAAGGAUACAGAGUCUAUUACUGGAAGUCCCAUAAUCGAACAAAUAGACAUCGACGGCAUAUGGAAAAGAGGAUGUUAACGUUUGCUGGAAACCGGACCCACGGCAUGAUCCCAGGCCUAGAACCCAAUACCCACUAUGUUCUAAAUGUGCGAGUUGUCAAUGGCAAAGGGGAAGGCCCGUCCAGCGUCAAUAAAUUUUUUGAAACUCCAGAAGGAGUUCCCAGUGCUCCAUCAUUUUUGGAUAUUGUUGAUCGAACUAUCGACUCAUUAACCCUUGCAUGGCACCCACCUGCUCAUCCAAAUGGGAUCCUGACACAUUACACAUUGAAAUACCAAUCAAUUAACAACACCCAUGAACUAGGACCCCCUGUUGAAAUUCUAGUACCCGCAAAUGAAUCAAAUAUUAUUUUAAAGAACCUGAACCAAGGCACCCGCUAUAAGUUUUAUUUUUACGCCCACACUGCGGUGGGGCCUGGAAGCCAAAUUACACAAGAAGCGAUAACGGCUAUGGAUGAAGCUGGUAUUCUCCCACCUGCCGUGGGUGCAGGAAAAGAAACUCCUUUUGCCACUUCCCCUGUCAUGUACACAGCACAUACAACACUGUACAAGGUACGACCAAAUCAUCCCAGGAUCAAGAAUAUAACUGCUUUCGACACGUCUGCUAUUAUCAUUUGGGAUUAUGAGGGUCCUGAUAUGAAGUUCUGUUUUGAGUAUGCAGCUUUGAAAAUUGAUGUAGGCAACGAAGAUCGGAAAAGAGAAUGUGUAAAUGAUACUCGGAGCUUCACUAUGUUAAAGGGUUUAACUCCUGCAACACUAUAUAGAGUUCAAGUUAAUGACGAGCAUAAUCGUAUAACGAGUUCAGAGGAUUUUCAGACAGGUCCAGCCAUGGCAAGCCAGCAAGUGGACAUUGCUACACAAGGAUGGUUUAUCGGCCUCAUGUGUGCUGUGGCUCUCCUUAUUUUAGUUUUAUUGAUCGUGUGCUUUAUUAAAAGAAAUAAAGGAGGCAAAUACCCAGUCAAAGAAAAGGAAGAUGCCCAUGCUGAUCCAGAGAUCCAACCCAUGAAGGAAGAUGAUGGAACGUUUGGUGAAUACAGUGAUGCAGAGGAUCACAAGCCUCUUAAGAAAGGCAGCCGAACACCGUCAGACAGGACUGUGAAAAAGGAAGACAGUGAUGACAGUUUAGUCGAUUACGGAGAGGGUGUAAAUGGGCAGUUUAAUGAAGACGGCUCUUUCAUUGGACAAUAUAGUGGUAAAAAAGAAAAAGAACCAGUGGAAGGUAAUGAGAGCUCCGAGGCUCCGUCUCCCAUCAAUGCCAUGAAUUCUUUUGUUUAAAGCUUGUGUGAACAAAAUAUUUGUCGUUAUGGCGAGUAUCCACCUUACAUCUGAUGCACCCAGGUAUCAUGAAAUGUGAUCCGGAGAAUCACGACGUGAAGACAUAUUUGUAAAUUGAACGAUAUUUUAAAACCAUACCCCCUGUUUUUGUAAGUGCUACCAUAUGUCAGUGGGAAAACGAGCACACGUUCUGUUUCUGUAUUGGACAUAAGUGUUUGUAAUAUGUGCAGGAAUUGAAACAAAUCUACAGUAUAACUGAGAAACGUGCUCAUGGAUUGUUAUCCCCCCUACAAAAA